GAGAUUUCAAAUAGCAAAGCAGUUAAAUAACGUUAGCUAAAGUUAGCUGUAUGGGCAGAGUCGCAUGUUUUAUUCACCUGUUUAAAGUUUACUUCCUAGCUACAACACUAUUAGAAGCUGUUAAUACAUUUUACAUUAAUACUACUCGGUUUGACCAUAGACUGUCAGAGCCUUUUAAAGAGAUAAGAGAUUCUCUCUAUGGGGCUCUGGACUGUAUAAAAGAAGAUGCGCCGGAAGAAAGACGAAACUCCGUGUUUAGAAAAUAAAAGCCUCUGGUUCCUCGGGCGUUUCCAUGGUGAUAUCCAAAGGGUCACCAAAGUGUCAAACAGAGCAAAAGUAACUAAGCUCAUAUAAAACAGCCCAUUUCAGCUAUUUGAACGACAGAAUGGACACUUUUGAAGAGAGAAAUGACCAGACGCAGGCAGAAGACCACAGUUUAUUUCCCAGUGCUGUGUCAGAAGAGGAGCUGGAUGAGACCAGGAGAAAAAAUACUAUCAAGCAGCUUUAUGGCUCCAGCAAAAUCUUCCUGGCACCAGCAGAGAAAUGCCCUGAGAGACCAGAGCUACGGGGGAGCGUUAUCAUUCAGAGCAAGGCUGCAGAGCAUUACACAAAUGGAAAAGAGGCAAUGGGAAAGUCCCAGUAUGAGAAGGCUGUGAUCUGCUUCUCCAAAGCCAUCACACUGCAGCCAGAACAGACUCAGCUGCAUGUGAGCCAGGCUGAGGCCUACCUGCAGCUGUGUGACUUCCAGUCAGCAGCAGCCUGUUAUAAACAGGCCCGGCUCCUAGAGCCUGGAGCCUUCAGUGCCCGCUUGGCCUUCAUCUACUAUCUCCAGGGCCAGUGUUUGUUUGACCGAGGCCUUUUCCUAGAGGCUCUGGAGGCCUUCAGCAAAGCUGCUGAGGUGAAGCCUGGCUGCAGGGUCUACGAGGUCAGAAGCUUGGCCUGUCUGACAGCUACAGGUCAUCACACUGAGUGUCUGAAGCUGGUGAAUGACUGGAUGGUGUCAGAUCGGCCCUCCUCUGACCUUUAUAUGCUCAGAGCCAGACUGCACAAACUGCUCAACCAGACAUCACAAUGUUAUCAAAACGUGAAGUUGGCGUUGGCAUUGAACCCAGCGUGUCCGGCGGCCGGAGCCCUGCUGCUGCAGCUGCAGGUAGCCAGUGAGCAGGCCAGACAAAAGGCCGUGGAUAGAGCUUUAAUUGGUCAGCUGCCGGAAGCCCUGUGCAUGAUCAAUGUUGCUAUGGAGAACAGCCCGCAGGAUGGACGCCUCUACCUGUUCAGGGGGAUUCUGUACCGACGUCUGAAAGACUUCACAGCAGCCAUCGAGGAUCUGGUCCAGGCUAUGGAGCUGAGCGAGGAGGAGGAGGGAGAGAAGGAGGUCAGAGAUCAGGCGGAGGCCAGAGACGAGAAGGAUGAGCGUGGCUCUGUGCAAGAGGACGUGCAUUUUCAGCUGGUUCUCACCUACAAUGAUUUUGCUGUUCAGUGCUUCAGCAGAGGCCUCUACGCUGAGGCGACUCUGCUUCUCAACAAGGCUAUCGAUGAGGAGAAGGGCCAGGCAGGCCUGUACCUGAACCGAGGAGACUGUUUCUUUAAGCAGGGUGAGUGGUGUUACGCUCUGGCUGAUUACCAGCAGGCUGAAGAGAUGAUGCAGCCUGAUGACCCUGCUGUCGGGCUCCGCCUCGCUGUCCUCCACAACACGCUGGGGUCUUUCUGCUUCCAGGACGGGCAUUUCCAGGAGGCAGCUGCCAUGUUUUCUCUGGCCAUCCAGUACAAUCCCAAAGCCAGUCAGUACUAUGAGAACAGAUCGAAGACCUUCCGAAAGCUCCUAAACUUGAAGGGAGCCAGACAGGACUUCAUCUGCAUGCUGAUCCUGGAUCCCACCAAUGAGGAGCUGCCUCCUAUGCUCAUGAAUCUGUUCCCUGGCUGCAGCGUGUCUGAUGUUUUGUCCAGUCCAGCAGGGCAAGCACUCAGAGUUCAGCUGAUGGACACCAUCCAGGCCUGCAGCUCCUCCGAUCAACAAAGACUGAGUGAGAAGCUGAAAAAGAUGACUCUGACCUAUGAGAACACACCGAGGCAAUCAGAAGACCCAUCUGAAGCAGGAAAGAAGCUGAAGUUGUGUGUAGACCAACUGGAGACAGUUGAGUGAAAUCUUCUGCAGGUUAAGGAAGCGGUUUCGGUCAUUUCUCCAUGACUGUCCAACUGGGCAACACACCGGGCCACACCUUAUUACACCCACCACCCCCAUCCACAUGGUGGAUCUGGACCAGUCUGCCUACAGGCACAAGAGCAGCUCAAAGUACAACACAAGAUAUGGGUGCUCUGAGGUCUGCGACACUUCUCAGAAGUGAAGUGAAAAACAAAUAAAUCUUUUAUCUGUGCCUGAGUACUGUGUUUUACAUGCAGUCUUCUUUGUUUCAGACUUUAAAAUUAUACCAGCGACGUGCUAAAGAUUUUACACUGAAGGAGAUCUGCAAUAUGCAAAACCACCGCUUUGGCCCUUGAGCUCAAACUUACUGUUUGAAAUCAUGCAGAACCAGAAAUACAUGCUCUUUAAUAUGAACAAUCUAUAUUUAAAACUAUAAACAUUGUAGUUCUUGUUACACCUAUAAUUCCUUCAUUCUGAAAAGAGAACAGUGCAACACCGCUGUGAUAUUAUCCUUUUAUUAAGAUAUUAAAAUGUACUUGAACAACCUGCUGUUAUUGGCGAGUGAGAACCCUCUAUCUGACAAAUCAUGCCAGAGAAAAAACAUACAUAAGCUGAUGCAAGUGCUAAGGGACGGUUCAAUACACACAUAAGCUGCACUUAAAGCAAAAUAUGGGUUGAGUAACUACUCAUUCUUAAGCUAUGCACAGUUUAAAGCCACAUUAUGUAGAAUAUUAACUCCCAUAGGGGGCCACAGAGAAAUAGAUGCAAAGCUGGAGGGCAUGGUCUGUGGGAGAGGAACAGUCUCCAAACUUUAUAGGCUGUUGUCCCCCUCCUCCUCUAACUGUAAUACCUCACCCAAACAUCAACAUGGCAAGGGAGCUGGGAAUUAACCUGGCCUAUCAAACCAAUGCUGGCACAGAUGCGGAGAGGUAGGAACUCUCAUUCAUAUGUUGUGGCACUGCCCUUCCUGUGGAGGGAGGUGGCACAUAUGCUGACAGGGAUACUAAAUGUAGAUAUUCGGUUUUAUCCAAAGAUAUGUUUGCUGGGUGCCAAUAUUGGAAAUAUACAAAUCGAUAAGCAACAAAGAGUGAUAGCCCUUGUGUGCCUGGCGGCUAAACAUUUAAUUGUUAAGAAUUGUAAUGUGAGGAAACCCUCCUGCUUCUCCAGAGACCGGUGGUUGCAUGAGUUCCUCCAUCUCUUAAUACUUAGGUAUCUAGAUAUGGAUACAAGUGACCGAUGGGAUACUAUAAGAUCCUUCCUAGAUAUGUAUUCCUCUAGAAUCAACUGCAUGUAUGCUGUCAUGUGACAUGUACGCACCAUAAUUAAAUAAGUGCACUGUGCACUCCUA